AUUAUCUUUCGAAAUUUCUAUUGCUCUUGGCGUAUGCCUUCUACGCAAAUUUAGUGCGACUUAUUGUUAGUGUUUUUGUGACUAUUCAGUGUUAACUAUUGAGUAGUUGUUAUUUGUGUACGGUAUCUUUGAAUUAUUAUGUUCAUUGCAUGAAUACCUAGGUUAAUAAAAUUAAUAUAAAUAAUAUAAUAUUGUAUACACUAUGAGUUUCCUGGGUAAGCUUUUCGGUAGCAAAAAGGAGGAGAAAGGACCAUCAACCGAAGAUGCGAUACAAAAGCUACGAUCCACUGAAGAAAUGCUGAUUAAAAAACAAGAAUUUUUAGAAAAAAAAAUUGAACAGGAGGUAGCGAUAGCAAAAAAAAAUGGUACAACUAAUAAACGAGCUGCAUUACAAGCAUUGAAGCGUAAGAAACGGUACGAACAACAAUUAGCGCAAAUUGAUGGUACUAUGUUAACUAUUGAACAACAACGAGAAGCGUUAGAAGGUGCGAACACAAAUACAGCAGUAUUAACUACAAUGAAAACUGCUGCUGAUGCACUUAAAUCGGCCCAUCAAAAUAUGAAUGUUGAUGAUGUUCAUAAUAUGAUGGACGAUAUAGCGGAAUCCCAAGAUUUAUCAAAAGAAAUAUCAGAAGCUAUUUCAAAUCCAGUUGCAUUUGGAACUGAUGUAGACGAGGAUGAAUUACAAAAAGAAUUGGAAGAGCUAGAACAAGAAGAAUUGGACAAAGAGUUGUUGAAUACAGGCAAGACACCUGUCACCGAUUUGCCAACGCCUGCAGUGCCAACAUUUGAGCCCAGUGGCCGAGGCAAAGCAAAAACUAAAGCUGAAGAAGAUGAUGACGAAAUGAAAGAAUUAGCUAAUUGGGCUUCAUAAAAAUUAUUUGAAAAACUUUUUUGAAAAUAUUUGAUGUAAAGUGUUGUUUUGUGUUGAAGUUUACACACUGCACGGCGCAUUAUUAAAAAAAAAAAAAGAAGAAGACCGGCUUGAUAACCUGUUUUAAAUUAGUAUUUGAGUUUAAACUUAAAUGAUAAAUUCAGUAGGGUUGAGAUUUGUUGAAAUCACAGAUAUAUAGUAAUUUGAUAUAUAUAUAUAUUUAAGUACUUAUAUUUAUACGUUUUUAUAGUAUUCAGUGUAUAUACUAGUAAGAACCUAUUGUAUAUUGUCUACUAUUUAUGUUGUUUUUUAUUUUGUAAUCAUAUUUUUUUUAAAAAACAUUAGAAUUACUAUAAAUUUAUGGUGGAAAAUAUUGACAACAGAUUAAAAUGACUUUAUUUAUGUCAAAUAAGCAAUAAUGUAGUCCACAAAAACAAUAUCCACGAUAAAAUAGAAAUAAAUAUACAAAUGAUACCUUAAUAUUAUGUAUUAAUGAGUUUAACCCAAUAAAUAAAUAGAGAAAAGUGGGUAACAUUAUAUGAAA